AUGGAUCAACGAGAUAAAGAGGAGGCGUUGAUGGGGGAAGAAGAUAGCAGCGAAGCAAUGCUGUUUGCCAGGUUGUUCCGCGGAGAUUCGGGAGUACGGUUCAAUUUUGAUGAAGCACGCGUGUUUUUGCGUGAUCCACACAUCGCACUGAUCGCCUCGGAUUUAACGGUCGACGAAAAUUUGGACAACAUUGAAAGACUACUGGACAGAAUACGCAGAAUAAACAGUAUGUCUGUGUUUUAA